AACCGGUGAACGGGCCCCUAGAGGCCCUCUGUCCGCCCUGGUACGCCCGUACCUACCGGCCCGCCCGCCUGCCGCAUCCCGCAGCCUGCUGCCGCCGCCGUCGCCAGGUUGUCCCUCCGACUGUCAGAUAAAGCCGCGGGCCGGACCGGCGGGGCGGUCAGCACGGCCCUGGCCAGACAUGGCGGCGCUCUACGCCUGCACCAAGUGCCACCAGCGCUUCCCCUUCGAGGCGCUGUCUCAGGGGCAGCAGCUGUGCAAGGAAUGUCGGAUCGCACACCCUGUUGUGAAAUGCACCUACUGCAGGACUGAGUACCAGCAGGAGAGUAAAACCAAUACAAUAUGCAAGAAAUGUGCUCAAAAUGUGCAGUUAUAUGGAACGCCCAAACCUUGUCAGUAUUGCAACAUAAUUGCAGCAUUUAUUGGCAAUAAAUGCCAACGCUGUACAAAUUCAGAGAAGAAGUAUGGACCACCAUAUUCUUGUGAACAAUGCAAGCAGCAGUGUGCAUUUGACAGGAAGGAUGACAGAAAGAAGGUAGAUGGGAAAUUGCUGUGCUGGCUGUGCACUCUUUCAUACAAACGGGUCCUUCAGAAGACCAAAGAGCAAAGAAAACACUUGAGCAGCUCUUCCCGUGCCAGCCAUCAGGAGAAGGAGCAAUAUAGCCGACUGAGUGGUGGAGGCCAUUACAACAGCCAGAAAACACUUUCUACGUCUUCAAUUCAAAAUGAAAUCCCAAAGAAAAAAUCCAAGUUUGAAUCAAUCACGACCAACGGAGACAGCGACGCUUCCUCUUACGAGCUGCUUUGUCCUAAUAUCCAGAAUGCCCCAUCCGUGUUGGUGCAGUGGGCUGCUUCCCAACAGAGUCUUGGGGCCAACCAUUUUCCUGUUCCUCCAGGCCUGGGCAUCCUGAAGACUUACUCCUGGCUCUGUGCUCAGGGAUCACUUCUGCCAGGCUCGGGGGACCAUAUGGGGUGCCGGGGAUCGAACCUGGGCCAGCCGCGUGCAAGCUUUUCGCCAGAUCUAGCUCUGGAUUCACCAGGCACUGACCACUUUGUCAUCAUUGCCCAGCUGAAGGAAGAAGUAGCUACUCUGAAGAAGAUGCUACAUCAAAAGGAUCAAAUGAUUUUGGAGAAAGAGAAGAAGAUUACAGAAUUGAAGGCUGAUUUCCAAUACCAAGAAUCUCAAAUGAGAGCGAAAAUGAAUCAGAUGGAGAAAACCCACAAAGAAGUUACAGAACAGUUGCAGGCCAAAAACCGAGAGCUCCUGAAGCAGGCAGCUGCUUUGUCCAAGAGCAAGAAAUCUGAAAAGUCAGGAACUAUAACCUCUCCAUGAGAGAUUCCAAGGAGCCUCCGAACAAAAGCAGUGAAUCCCUGGGUUAGGUUUGGUGACCUGGCUGUUCUCUGGGAAUUGCAAGCUUUCUUAAGAAAUCUCUAUUUGAUUAUAGUUUUCCUUCUUUGUGCGAUUGCAAUGGACUGAAUGGUUUGUGCUAUAUUAUGGCUGCAUGCUUGAAUGUCUGGGGUUUUAAUCUCACUCUUCUCUCUUCCCCAUUAUUCUCUUUGUCUCUCUUUUGGUACUACUUUUUUAAAUGCUGAUCACUGCUCAGUGCUAUGUGCAACAAGAUUUUUUGUGUGUAUCGAUCAUUGUGUCUUGCCACACCCAUGAGCAAAGGGUUUGGCAUUAAUUACAUGUCACUGCCACCCUUUGAACUUUGAAAACUGCCACCUUAAGUUUGGUACAGUGGUAGAGGCUUUCUCUCUCCAAUAAACCUUUUUGCUUCAGGGUAUAUUCUUGGGUUUUUUUCCAGGUAUAUUAUGUAUGAACUUUGUACUAUGUAUAGCCAGAGUUUUAUUUAUUUUUUAAAAAAGAAACUUUUUUUUUCUUGAUAAACGAAUAAUAGUAGCCUAGCUUGUUGUUCUUGUAAAAAUGAUGCCUCUUUAAAAAAAAAAAAAAAAGUCCUGCUCUGUAGUUUUUAGUAAAAGAACCAGAUCUCUUUCUUGUUACCUUGGAGUCUUAAAGCUGAUUGCUAAGGUGAAAAAAUUCAAUGCAUAAGUAUGGAGUUAAGUGCCUUUUGGAGGAUUUCUUGGAAGAGCAUUUAAGAAGUUACUUAAGGGAGGCAGCAAAAAUUUGAACAGUCUGUCUUUUUUAAGUAAGGGCAGAUAGAAGGUUGUCCAGGUUGUACUGGACACUUCCCUCCCGCCACCCUUUUCCUGAUUAUGUAAUUGAUUUUAAAUACUUACACUGCCACUUCUUUUUUAAAAGUACCCUUGUUUUUAUCAGUUGUCGUACUGAACCAUUGUCAGAGUUUUAUUUUGCAGGAACAGAUUUGAAAUGGGAUAAUAUUGACAUUAAUAGGAUAUGGGGUCAGUAUGAGCUUCUCAGGUAUGGACUCUGAGUUUGACUGGGAGAAAUGACAUCACUGAGUCUUCUCCCUUCCUCACGCACUCCAGCUUGUGCACUCCUAGAUUUUAAAGGACAUGUAUUGAAAACAGGUGCCAGAAGUAGAGUGCGCUCAGGUGAAAGUGCUCAUGCCCUGUUUUCCCUUUUGAUUCAGUAGGCAUUUGGAGUUACUUUUCCAGGAAAGGGGAUGGAUUGGCAUUAUUAGCCAUACUCUCAGGUGUCCCCAAUGUGAUGUUUGUGAAAUACAUAGCUGUGUGUAGUGUGCCACAAAACAGUGUAACCAACUACCUUAGAAUCAUGUAGAGUGGUAUAGAGUUAGAGUUAGUCAUGAGGACAGAUGACAUUUGUACUUCAGUUUACCAAAAUGAAUUGAAGGAUUGGUGUUUAACUUGCUGUAUAUUUAUUAGGAGCAAACGCUUAAAAUUUGUGAUUAACAUUGUCACAAAUGGAGCCAGGAACAUUAGUGAAUAAAAUCAUGGAAAUGGGUGGCUUCUGAUAAGACAAACAGUGGACCAUAUUGCUUAUAUAGCACUCUAGUAUGGUAUAUAAUUUUCCCUUCUAAGCUAGGGAAACAGCAGUGCUAAAUAGUUUUGUAAUUUUUUGAACGAAUAACUUUUAGGUAAAGAUAAAAUGUCAGACUAUUUUUUGGAUGCAUUUACAUUGACUAUGGGGGGAAAAGACUGAAAAAAAUGACAGUCAUGUUUUUUUAAUUUUGAAGAUGAGAAAUCUGUUACAAUGAAGUGACGCUAUAAAAACAUUUAGUUUUAUACUGUAUCUUUUUUUAAUGUCUUGGCAUUUAAUAUAAAGAAAAUCCACACAUUUUCUAACUUUCCACAAAUUCCAAAAAGGGAAGUAUAAAGCCUGUCUUGAAAUUUUGGUUUUUAAAAAUCAUGACACUGUUUUACCAUGAAAUUGAGUAGCUAACUUUUGGUAACACCUUUUGUUUAUUUGUAUGUUUGUAAUAAUGGAUAUUUUAAAACAAGGAAUGUUUUGGUUUGUACAGACUUUGACAAAUGUGUGUUAAUAAAAAUUCAUAUUGACUCAA